GCCGGGCUCCGGGCCGGGCCCGGGCUCCUCCGCGCGCCGCGCCUGUCAAACCCCUCAUUGUUCGCAGCUGAUGUCACCCGCAGUUGUGAGCGGCCGCCUCUCCGGGGGACAAUGUGGCUCUGAGCGGCCCCGCCGCCGCCGCAGGACAGCCCCGGAGAGAGUCGAGCAGGUCACAGCGUGGACACACUCCUAGGCCACUGCGGCCCCAGCCCCGCCCGACACGAUGAGUGGCUCAGAUGCGGGGCUGGAGGAGGAGCCGGAGCUCAGCAUCACCCUCACGCUGAGGAUGCUGAUGCAUGGCAAGGAAGUGGGCAGCAUCAUUGGGAAGAAGGGAGAGACUGUCAAACGAAUCCGGGAGCAGAGCAGUGCCCGGAUCACCAUCUCCGAGGGGUCGUGCCCAGAACGCAUCACCACCAUCACCGGCUCCACAGCUGCUGUCUUCCACGCCGUCUCUAUGAUCGCAUUCAAGUUGGAUGAGGACCUUUGUGCUGCUCCUACAAACGGUGGCAAUGUCUCUAGGCCUCCUGUGACCCUACGCCUUGUUAUCCCUGCCAGCCAGUGUGGCUCACUGAUCGGGAAGGCUGGCACUAAGAUCAAAGAGAUCCGGGAGACCACGGGAGCCCAGGUGCAGGUGGCAGGGGACCUGCUCCCUAAUUCCACAGAGCGUGCGGUCACCGUGUCUGGGGUGCCGGACGCCAUCAUCCUGUGUGUGCGCCAGAUCUGUGCUGUUAUCCUGGAGUCCCCACCCAAAGGAGCCACCAUCCCCUAUCACCCCAGCCUCUCCCUAGGUUCUGUCCUCCUCUCUGCCAACCAGGGCUUCUCUGUCCAGGGUCAAUAUGGAGCAGUGACCCCUGCUGAGGUCACUAAGCUCCAGCAGCUCUCAGGCCACGCAGUCCCCUUCGCCUCACCCAGUGUGGUGCCAGGACUGGAUCCUGGUGCACAGACCAGCUCCCAGGAAUUCUUGGUUCCCAAUGACCUGAUCGGCUGCGUGAUCGGACGCCAAGGUAGCAAGAUCAGCGAGAUCAGGCAGAUGUCAGGGGCGCAUAUCAAGAUCGGGAACCAAGCAGAGGGUGCUGGGGAGCGACACGUGACCAUCACCGGCUCCCCGGUCUCCAUUGCCCUGGCCCAGUACCUCAUCACUGCCUGUCUAGAGACGGCCAAGUCUACCUCUGGGGGUACACCGGGCUCAGCCCCCACAGACCUGCCCACACCCUUCUCACCACCCUUGACCGCCCUGCCCACGGCUCCCCCGGGCUUACUGGGCACACCCUAUAUCUCCCUCUCCAACUUCAUCGGUCUCAAACCCGUACCCUUCUUGGCUCUACCACCUGCUUCCCCGGGGCCACCGCCGGGCUUGGCGGCUUACACGGCCAAGAUGGCAGCAGCCAAUGGGAGCAAGAAAGCUGAGCGGCAGAAAUUCUCCCCCUACUGAGGCCGGCUGAGGCACAGACGAUGAAGGGGGGGGUGGGGGACAGGCAGGACCCCCCACCUCACCCCCACCCCUCCCCGCCGCCCUCCCCCUCCCCAGGCAGGAGCUGCCAAUGUAUCCUGCCUGCUCCCAAGGAAACUCCACUUUGGUGUGUGUGUGGGGUGGGGGCAGGGGAGGUCUACAUGGGGGACAUCCCAAGCGCCCCCCCCCCCGAAUGCCAGACGCAUGGAUGCAUCCCCCCUACUUUUACCCCAGGCCCCCCGGGCUUUCUAGAGUUUGUCCUCUCAGAGAAAGGGAGUUGGUUUCCAGCCCAGGGUUUCUGGGCAGGAAGGUCACUUGGGAGACCCACCAACUCUCCUGGGCUAUAUAGAUCAAUAGCCUGAGUUGCCAGCGAGUCCUAGAGCUUCCGAUCACCUUCCGAUCACUUUCCAAUCGCCUUCCUAGGGCAAGCGAAUAAGCUAGAAGAUCAACAGUUCCCCCCGGGGGCUUCUGGUUCGGUUGCCCUGGUGGGGAAUCAGGGAGGAGGAGGAGGAGGAGGGCUUGAGGGGGUGGGCUGAGGGGGAACAAACUUCUCUCUGCUCCCCUCCCGCUCCCCCCUCCGCACCCCUGCAUUUUCCGGCUGCUUUCACUGAUAACCCUUUCGACUGGAAAAGGACUAGCUGGACUUUGUCAGGGAUUUAUACCCCCAAAGCAAGGGCUCUGUCUUGGAGUUUGGAGUUUGGGGGAGGGGAAGGGGGUGACAUGG